UAGGAACAAAGCCAGCAGGGUCACCUUGGGCCAGUCACCUUCUCUCAAGCCCUAGGAAGGAGGCAAUGGCAAACCUGAAAACCUACCAAGAAACUGCAAGGAUUUGUUCAGGCAGUCUUUGAGAAUGGGAGGUGACUGAAGGUGGGUGUGGUGGUGGUCCGAGUUCACAGCAUUUUACGAAGCUGUUGCUGGUCAAAAGGAGCUUCACUAUGGUUAACUAAACCAUGGUUUACUGAGCAGGCCUUCUCGCUGGGCUCUGCACAACCCAACUAUAAAGGGCCCUCAAUGGUUAGGUUCUCCCCCCCCCCUCAGGUAUAGGUGUCCAAACCAAAAAAGCCCCCUUCUUUCUACCUCAGAGGAACACGGUAGCUAAGACACUGAGCUUGUCGAGCAGAAAGGCCAGCAGUUUGGCGGUUCGAAUCCCUAGUGCCGCGUCAUUGUCCCAGCUUCUGCCAACCUAGCAGUUCAAAAGGGGUUUUCCAGAGGAAUCCACACAAGUUCCGAGUCGCUUUGGCCUAAGCGUGCAGCUACCAGGCUCCCGGUUUCUCUUCGCCGCCCUCUCGGGGUCGCCAGUCGCCCAGAUCGCUUACCGCCACCGAAGAGCCACUGAAGCCCUUCUGGAAAAGCGCCCCCUGUCAGUUCGCAAAAGGUUUCUCGGCUCUCGCCCUGGGCAGCGCUCGCCCCGUGGGGCUUUCUCGGGAACUCCAACCGUUGCCCAGCCUUCCCAAACGCUUCUCCCGCUCGUGACGAAGCCCGAGUGAAAGGCAGGGUUCCGACGAAGCCAUCAGACCUCGUCCUCAAAAUGGAGCCCGUGCCGGCUCGCCAGGGCAGAAAGACACAGGGGACGAGGGGAAAUGCCAUUUAGCCGGGGUGGGUGGUGGGUGGGAAGGCCUUAACAUCAAAGAAAACCCCGCAGUAAGAACUGAAGUGGACCUUUUGGCUCCGCAGGGCAACUCGCUAUUUCCGCCCCCCUCCCCGAGCUCUGAAUCCUCUCGCCCAAACUUCCCUUUCCUAAAUAAGAAGCGGAUUAGAGCCGACUUCGAGGGAAAGUCGCAGGCAAGGGAGGGGGUGCGGGGUGGUUUCACGCAGGGCUCUCGUUCCAGGCAGGGGUGGGAAAAGAGACGCGGCCCCUUUAAGAGAGGCGCGGCGCUCUACCUUUGCCUUUGUACCUGCUUUUUUGAAAUGCGCCCUUGUCGCCCGCUCAUUGGUUCCGGGAUAAAUCAUCCCUUCUCCCCGUAACCCGACCCCAAGACGGAAAAUGAAAUGCAACCUGAACGCGCCAGACGGGGGGCAUGGAGAAGAACCGAGCCCGGACCACCUGAUUGGCCAAUCAGGAGUCAGGAGGAGGAGCCAAAUCCGCAGAUCCCCUCCCUCCCAUAAAACAGAGCAGUGCCGGAGGACCGAGUGGAGCGGUACGCGGAGAUAAGCAGCUGUGCUUAUUGGAUUUCUCUUUUAUUUUAGUCCUUGCUUUUAUUUUUCGCCUUGCUUCUCCAAGGUGUGUUGCAGAUUCUCAUCCUGGAAUGUCCUUUCCCGUCUUCCUCCCUUCCUCCCUCUGGCUUGAAAUAGGCGAUGCCUUGUUCUAAGCUCUCUGGGUUCCUUUCCGAUGGUGGUUCUGAAAAUCUAAAUGCAGUUUUACAAAGGGACUGACAUCAUCCGGAGGGCUGUCUUAGAACUAAAAGCAUAAAAAAAAAAAGCGGAGGAAGGGAUCCGUUUAAAAAAAAAUUGCAUUUUAUUUUAUUCUUUCCAACUCUAAUUGCUGCAGACGGAGGGGUUGGGUCAUUUAAGCUUGGAACCUGGCCGUUUCUCAGCCUCAUACAGCUUUCAUCUAUUGGAAAUCUACGCGGCGUGGAUACUGAACCCCAAGCAGGUUGAUUUUUAAGCUAACAGAUUCUAUUCUUAUUGCUGCGGCUGUGUUAGCCUUGGGCAUGGGAGUUGUUAAAGCAGAGAAAACAUUUUACAGAAAUGAGUGGGUUUACCGUUUUUUGUGUUCUUGUGCUCCCUGAAGAAUUGUAGGAUUUUUAAAAUACAAAAUUACAUUCCACAAUGUUGCAGUGAAUAUUGAACUUGCAGAGUAUUUAAAAAUAUAUUCCUUGAAAAGAACCGUUUGUGUCUCCUCUCCUUCCAAAGGGGAAGUAGAAUAAUAAAUAUGUCAAAAAAUUCUGUGGAAGGGUCAAAGGAAGACUUGACCAAAAUGACAGAAGAAGAUAUGUUGAGAUGGAAUAAGGAAGAAUUGGUGAAAAAGCUGAAGAAAGUAGAGAAUGAAAAAAUGAACUUGAUGGUGGAGCACAGCAACUUGAUGAAAGAUGUGAACAGAAGACUCCAAGUUCACCUGCACGAGAUCAGGGGUUUGAAAGAAGUUAAUCAGAAGCUGCAGGAUGAUAACCAGGAACUGAGGGAGCUCUGCUGCUUCUUGGAUGAUGACAGGCAAAAGGGGAAAAAGCUGUCCAGGGAAUGGCAGAGGUUUGGUAGACACACUGCAGGUGUAAUGUGGAAGGAGGUUGGAAUGUACCAGCAGAAGCUGAAAGAAUUAGAAGCCAAGCAAGAAUCCCUUAUGAGAGAAAAUAUUGAGCUGAAGGAAAUUGUGCUAAUGCUGGAUGAAGAGAGGAAUGGAGCAGGCUCCCGAAGCUCCAUAGAUAGCCAAGCUAGUCUCACCAACCUCAAUGGGGGUUCUGGAACCAGGGAUGUUGGAGAUGGGAGUAGUACAUCCAGCGCUGGCAGUGCAGGAAGUCCAGAUCACCACCAUCAUCUCCUUCACCAUCACAAAGUUGUUGAAAACAAAGCUGGAGCCAUCCGGAGAUCUAUGGAUGACCUUUCUGCUCCUCUUCACCACCGGAGCAUCCCAAAUGGUCUCAAUGAUUCAUCUUCCAACUACAUCAGACAACUUGAAACGAAAGUCAAACUGCUAGAGGAUGAUAACAAACUUCUCUCUCAGCAAUCAAGCACUGGGGAUUUGAGGACCCUUAGGAAAGGGUUAUCCCCAUACCAUUCUGAGUCUCAACUGUCUUCAUUGUCGCAGUAUCAGGAUGCCAUGCAAAAUGGUCCCUUUCGAAUGACUCCUGAUUUUGCUGCUGCUACUCCUCAAGUUGGGUAUAUUCCUCUAAGCCAGAAACCUGAAGCAGUGGUACAUGCUAUGAAGGUAUGUCCUGAAGUCCAUGAGAAUUUGGACAGGCAGAUACAAGAAAACUAUGAAGAAGACCUGAGUGAAAAGGAGAAAGCAAUUGUUCGUGAAAUGUGCAAUGUUGUCUGGCGAAAACUAGGUGAUGCAGCAAGCUCCAAACCAUCAAUCAGGCAACAUCUUUCAGGAAACCAGUUCAAGGGUCCUUUAUAAGCACCUCAAGCUGCAAGACUGGAAGUGAAAGGAUCUGAGGCAAAGGAACUUCCUUGCUUCUGGCUGCCAGCAUUAUCCCUUCCUCCCAUUUCCUUUUAAACUGUGUCCAUAGUGUAAAUAAGGCAGCUAAAGGCCUAGCUUGUGGGCUGUCCUGAUCCAGAACAAUGAUACAUGGGUUAAUGACUACCCUCUCGUGGCCAAUCUCUGUCAUUGUAUUGUAAUAAAAUCCCCACUUUCCGUAUGGUCAUAUAUACAUUCUUGACUCUCGAUGAUUUCUAGGUAGAAUAUUAAACAUAAAAAAGAAGAACUCUGAGCAGUUCCACUGCCUUAUUUUAGCCUACUCAUGGAAUUGCAUGGCAGUAGUGGCUGCCCAAAGCAGUCUUCCCCAAUUUGGCGGCAACUCCCAUCAAUCCCGGCAUGAUGACUAGAAAUUAUUGGAGUUGCAGCUGUUGGACACUUGUCUGAAAAGGCUUCUCUGUUGUAUGAUUUUAAAAAAUACCAAGGAAUUCACGAAGACUAACUUAGUCAUUGUCCAAGUCGGGUUGAGAGACGUUUUGUCAGAGAUUGUAGGGUUAGAUUUUAUUUUUGAAGGGACGAAUCUGAGGUGCAAGCAACUUUUAUUGGGCUAUGCUUUGAAUAUUCUAGCAAUCCAUUCUGGAUCGUCAAGAAUCUGACAAACCAGAAUCUGUAAUUGUGAGGCUGCCUUUAACUUGGGGGCUCACCAGUUUUGAGAGAUACAGUUUGGGUGAAACUGUAGCAGUAGCAGCAGAUCUCAGACCUGAGCUAUUUGCUCAGCAUCUUUUGUCCUGCACCUUAAAUGUUCUCACUGCUUCUUUGCUGCUUACCUCUCCUUGGAGGAAGAGUAGCAAGAAAUGAGCAUCUCUGCAUACUUCAUCCUUCCUGCGGGAAAGGUUGCAAGUAGGCUUCACAGAAGUAAGUAAAUGAGCAGUUAAGAAGAGAAAGGGAGGUGAGUUCAUGGGAAGUGUUUGAUUUAAGAGCUGGCCAAAAUCUAUACCUGGCAUUGACCAUUUUUUUCUACCCAAUUACUAGAAGCACAUGAGCCUUGUCAAUACCAAUUACAGAUUUUGGCCUGUUCUUAGAUAAGAUACUCCCUGAGAAGGCAGUAGGCAGUUGUAUGACUGAACGAGUGCUCUGCAAAUCUUCACAUUGUUGCUACAGAUGCAUAAGUCCUUCAUUCCUUUGCAUUAACCUCCAGUAUAUAUAUAUAUAUAGAUAUACAGAUAUAUAUAAGAGAGAGGAUCGUUCCACUGUUGUGAUUUUGCUUAUUUUGACCUUAACUCCACAUUAGAAAAAUAUAAUAUGCGAAACAGUUCCGGCAAUGUCCCUUUGGCCUUGUCUUUUUAAUAUACUAAAUUAAAAAAAAUCAUGGCCCUUAGGUAAAAUAAUAUUGACAUGGUAUUUUAGAAGUAAGUGGGGGAAUACAGACCUGGUUACAGUAUUUGGAGAAGAUAUAGAAGAAGAAUCAUUUAAAUUACAUCAGGAAAUGGUUGUCAUGAGAAUUCAUGUUGUUGUUGCUGCUGAUCAACCAAACCAAUCUUCGUUUGAACUGUAAUCAUUCCCCCCCCCCUCCCCAAUCUCAUUUCAUCUGAUAAUUGUAAAUUCCUAAAACCGUAUAGUGCAACACUAACUGGCCACUGGAUCCAAGCUGUGUAAUAUCAUUUGACAAAGAGAAAACUGUAAAUUAAAUGCUGCUUGUGUAGAAAUGUGGAAUUUCAAUAUGCUACAACUUCACCUUUGGCAAUCUGGUUUCAUAGAUCUUUGAUUAUUGUUCAUUUACUUGGAUGUAUAUUUUGUUGAAUUCUCUUUAUUUUCAAUCUUUUUUUUAAAUUAAGAGCUCAUCUAGAUAGUGCACUAUUCAAGUUUCAGUAUCUCUCUCAAGUACCCCUCUUUCCGAAAGACUAUAUAUUUUUCUUCUUGAUCUCUUUCUGCCUGUGUCAUCUCUUCAAGGUAGAUAAGACUAGGAAACCAGAAUUUUGAAUGCUAAUACUAAUUGUAUUAAAAGGUUAUAGCAACCAAGUCUUGCAAGGCUGAUUUUCCUCUUCCCUCCUUUAUCUUUGUGAGAACUAGAAAGGCUCCUGUCUGAGGUGAUUACUCCAAUUACAGAUUAUGCCCUUAAUUCAGAUUUAUUUUAUCUGAUCAAGUUUAUUCCUUCUCAUUACAGCCUGCCUUUUUGGUUUUGCAAGUCCAUUCUAUACCUAGUUAUUGAGCCACUUGGAGAGGUUUUUUUUUGUCAUCUCAACCACCUGGUACUCUUAAGGAGCAAAUUGUGAACUUCCUUUUUCUCUUUUUGUCUCAUUACGAGCAAAGGUAUCAGUGAAAACCUCCCUGUUCCUUAAGUAAUUUUAAAUGCAAACU